AUGCCAGCGCAGUUCGAGACUGCCAUGUCCAUGUCGAUGAUGGCCUGCCGAGGUAGUACGGUGCACAUAUCAUUUCAUGUAUACCGCAGGGACGACGACUGCUCAGGCAGUCAACCGAUGGAAACAACAUUGGGGAGAGCGGCAGCCAUUAGCCUUCCUUGGUUCUUCUGUCGAGUCGCGCGCCACAUUAUCAGCAGCCCACUCGCCGCUCAAGGCAAGUCAGACAAGGGAGGGAGAGCGAACGAAGCCGAUGUUUCCCUCUUGGCGCCACUCAAGCGUCCUGUGGUCGCUAGCUACCGGGCCUAG